UAGGGAGGGUGUGGGUGUGCACAGCCACACUGGCCCAUGGGAAGCAGUGCCAGGGGGAGGUUCCAGCAGGCAAUUAAGAUUUCAAAAUGCCUUUUCAGGUUAGAUCACUGUAGAUCUACUCCAUCCUAUGGCAUAACUCAGAGUAAUGAUUGCACAUAAUUUGAGAUUAGCUCUAAUAAGUAGGUACUCAAUAAAUACUUGUGAGAUGAAUAAAUGAAUGGAUGUCAAACUAUACUUCUCACAUGCUAGGAUAAAUUAAGGGCAAGGGCCCUGGAAUGAUGGUACACCAGGUGUCCUACAUGGAAACUCUGUCCAGCGGCUGGUGAAGCCAGCCUGAAACCUCAUCUUCUAAAAUGCAAAGUAAAUGUGAAAACUUUGGGAGCCUGGGAGAGAAAAACUCCCUGGUUUGGAAACUCAGCGGAACAGGAACUCGAUCUUACAAAUGAAAGAGGCUUUGGAGUGUGAAGCUUUGGAAGGUACCAGGGAUGCAAAGUACAGGAACAGAUAAAGGAGUGGAUUUCAGUGAUUACACUUAAAUAACAGUGGUAGUAGAAAGAACAGCAUAUAGGCCAGAGGAGAAAAAACCCCACACUUGAUUUGCAGGUCGCUCUCCAGGGCAGAAUCCGCUGACCUCAAUACUCAUUUGAUCUCUUAUGUCCAGAUUUGGCCAAACUCCACUGAUUUGGGUUGAGACUAGCUCUGGGCCAUCCCUGGCAGGAUCCACAAGCCUUCCAGAGACUGGCAACCAUCUUGAGGAUGUCCCAGACUAAGCAGGGCAAUUCUGGGUCCUCCUGCAAAGGGUCUGCCUCAGGGAGCGCCCCCUUACAGGAAACAGGGUAAGUAAGAGCCAGACCCAGGGGUUACAUGAAAUGCAUGGGCUAGAGGGCCACUUAACUUGCUCUCUUCUGUCUCCAGCCCUUCUAAAUAAUUAGAUGGAGAAAUGAUAAUGAAUUCAGCCUGCCGACACAAUGGAGUGAGUUUCAAAAACCUCCAGGAGCCUGUUUUGCUAAAGAAAGAAUUUUACUACAAACUCUCUGGCCAACGGAUACAAAAUGCACAGAUCAUUUUUUUAUUUUCUUACUGUUCCAGAGAAUAUGGUCACAUUACAGAAUUAGGACAAGGCCAGUUAAGAGGACAUCUUUUUUUUUUUUUUUUUUUUUUUUUUUUUUUUUUGAGACAGAGUCUCACUCUUGUUGCCCAGGCUGCAGUGCAGUGGCACAAUCUCGGCUCACUGCAACCUCCACCUCCCAGGUUCAAGUGAUUCUCCUGCCUCAGCCUCCUGAGUAGCUGGGAUUACAGGCGCCCACCACCACGCCCGGAUAAUUUUUGUACUUUUAGUAAAGAUGGGGUUUUGCCAUGUUGGCUAGGCUGGUCUCGAACUCCUGACCUCAGGUGAUCCACCCACUUCGGCCUCCCAAAGUGCUGAAAUUACAGGUGUGAGCCACCGCGCCCGGCCGAGGACACUAUUUUUUUGCUUUGGAAGAAAUGAAUCCUAGUUCUGGUUCAGAAACUGUCAACAGCAUUGUGCCUCUUCUAUGACUACUAAAUUUCAAGCAAAGAGAGCUGAGUUGGGGGGAAAAGCAGGGCUAUCCCCGCCUUCAGACAAUGCUGUCCCUUAUCAGGGCAGACUGCUGUCUGGUUUCCUGUCUCCAGCUCGGGCAUGACUGCUUAAGAUGAGAAACAUGGUCUAAGAAAGGAACAGAGUGGUCUUGAAAAUGAGAAUGCUAGCGACCACCAUAACCCUCUUCCAACUCACUCCCAAGAGGAAUUCUGACUAGAACAUCACAUACUAGCAAACUAGAUAUCAAUUGUUUUAAGAUUCUAGGGAUUUGUUUUUUUAAAAAGCUAGAACCAAUGAUAAAUGAUGCACUUCAGAAAGAAUCCAAGUUCCAGAAUAACGUAAUUGUAAUUCCUAGUACCUUAAAGAAUGAGGUUGUGUGUAUUUUAUUUUUCUUAAACUCAACUGGGUGUGAAAACAGAGAACAAGAAAUGCUGCCUAAGAAAUCUGUCGUUUUAUAGCAAAAAUGUUGAUUUGAAAAUAUUAAGAAGGCAAGUAUCUCAAGGGGGGAUGGAGACACAAUGAAAUUAAAUUAGGAAUCAUGAUUUAUAUGGUUAAGAAAUAAAACUCUUGUUCCCAUCUUUUUGGUAAUCAUAGCAACUAUAAGAUACGAUAAUUUUCCCCAACUAUUCAGCUUAGCAUUUAGAAGCUUGCAGAAUUUUUUUCUGAUAGAAUAUAUUAGACCCUAAUUAUAUCUAUUAACCACUUCAUCUCCCUGCAAAAGAGAGAAGAAAGAAUUUGGGGAAAGCCAAAUAAAGACUCUGUUUACCAAACCUAGUUAGAUUGUUAACAACUUUGGAACCAAAACAAACAAACAAAAAAACCUGCUUCGAUUGGAGUUACUUAUGAAUUUUAAGCUUAAAAGUCUCUUGUCCUACAGGUCAGCUAAGUAUUUCCAGCUGCUUUUCCCAAAGGAGAAAGAACUUAUUGGGACUUCUAAAACUCCCAGCUUUUUUCAUAGAAGGUUAUCAGCAGCCAACUAUUUGAUACUAAUAACUCUCUUAAUAUCAUAUUUUAUACUUUCCAUUUAUACAUAAAGAAUGUGGUGGAAUGUGACAUUUAAAACGCACCAUUAUCAUCAAUUUUGGGGAGAAGAGAGCCUGAUUUGCUGCUUCAGCAACUCUUUAAAUUAAUUCCACGGAGAUGCUGUAGAUGAUUCCUUUUGAUUAAAAAAAAAAAAAAUCCCCAAGUAAGUUUACAAAAGCACUUUCCAAAACUUUUCUUUUUCAAGCAAAUAUUUCCUUAAAUCUUAGUUUCUCAAGAACCAACAGAAAACUAAUAUUAAGGCAGGUCUUAAAUAGUUAUCCUAGAAAUUCAUUAACCCACAACUGAUAGAAUAUUUAAAAAAUAAUGAAAAAUAUUAUUGUAAAACAAAAAUGAGAAGAGCAUUCUUCUUGUUUUCAAAAUAGAAGAUUAAAAUUUUCCAAACAAUCUAGCAUUACAUGAAUUUGUUAAUGCCAGUUCUCCUUUGAGCUUUUUAAUUCUUAAAAACGGGUUGGAAAUGAGGUGUAGAAUAUUGCACAGUGAAAUCUUUGUCCUUAAAACAUUAUCCUGAUAUUUAAAUCUUUGUCCUUAAAAAGAAAUAAUCCUAGGAUUUUCUCCAUGUCUUAGGCUUUGCUUCAAUGAUUUUUCUAAAGAUUUCUCCUUCCAAACAUAAGCAAGACUUAAACUAAGGCCAGGCUGCCAACAUUGCUUAAAUUCUCCAUCCACGGAAGCCACCUGGAGCAGCCUGGGUUAAACGUGAACGAGGGUGGGCCACAUCUUUCAGAUAAUGCUAGGUCUUCUAAACUGUAAGGUGUUAAUCCUGAUCCAAAAUUGACAGCUUCAGGGCAAAAUGCCUAUCUUAAAACAAACGCCCUAACCACUUCAACACAAGAAUUACAAACAAAUACAAACAAAACUCCUUUAGGUUUCUUUGCCAAGAUGGACCCACAUUUCCCCAAAUCACAAUCUAGCAAUAAAAAAUUUAAAAAGGUAAAAGCAUUUAUUCACCCAGACAAAUGCAGUGGAGCAAAGGGUGUACGUAAAAAGGUUAACUGACUUCUCAUUAUGACAUAACACAGGCGUCUUAAGCAAUAUCAAGUGUGUAGAGACAUGAUAACUCCAUGGGUGGGGAUACGGAGUUUAGGGGCAGGGACCUCAGCCUGGUCUGGGCUACUGAUCUACCAGAAAACAGCCUGAAACAGGAAAGAGCACACAUAUGCCACUUGGAAUGUAUGACGCAAACCCCAGCCUUGAAACAAAGAACAGGAAACAGCUCUGCUGGCUGUGCUGGAGAGAAAGCACAGAGAAACAUUUAGCCGGCCCUCCCUGACCCUAUAUUCAUGAGCAGCUGGAGUUUUUUAAGACAACAACAGGGGGGUGGAGGUGUUUGUUCUAUGGGUGUGAAUAAUAACACCAGCUUUAUACAGGGGACCUGCCCUAUUUACAAAUAAGAGCUGCCACAUACAGUAAACAUCAUAAGUGAAAUGUGAUUUUAUCAUAUUCAAGCAGCAGAGACCUUCCUAAUGAACACUAGCCUCCCUCCUGAUUUCUUUUGUCCCUUUCUGCCCCAUUCCAAUGGCUAGUCCCUAGCUCUGAUCAAAUUCCGAGUUAGGGUAAUGAUUAUGGUUCAGCCUCAGUGCAUCAAGAGGAAAAAAGAUAGAGCACUGCUGUUAGGAAUUCAGAUUACAAUUGGGGUACCCCACAGAACCAAAAUUGGAGCAAUUGUAAGCCUCCUUUAGUCACAGAACUAAAUUCCAAGACAGACUGUGGGACAUCUACAGUAACCCAAAAUUUUCACUGUCUUUUUCAAAUGCAGUUAUACACAUUUUUGCAGAGCUGCUCAUCUGUUCAACAUAUACACACGUUUACAGAAAUUCGCCUUUUAAGAAUGUGAUUCUGUUCCUGACAUUUAUCUAAAAAUUAUUAUACAAUCUGUACACCAGAGUACUAAUUUCUAGAAGUCAUUCUAAAAUGUCUAUUUUCCCUUUGGGUUAUUUUUAAGAUAGUAAAAUCCAUUCACAGUUCCUUUCCCAUUAUUUCUCUUUACUUUGUUAGCCAGGACUGUUUAACUCAAGCUUACGUUAUCAGAGAUUUAAGAAUGUGGUGUGUGCAGACUAAGUACAGGUAAGGAAAAAAAAAAAGAAAAAAAAAAGGAAAAAAAAGAGCAUCACUGUGCCCAUAGCAACAAGAAGAUUGGGUUUUAAUUUAGAAACUUUGCAGUGAAUAAAACAAUAGCUUUCUGCAAAACUCUGUUGUCGUUUUGUACCUGACAAGGUUUUGUGGUCUAAGCAGUUACUUUUCUUUGUUAUUCCCAUGUUGAGAUUUUUGUACUUGCGUUCUCUUUCAUGCAAGCUAAAUGUUCUUUACAAUGUAUCAUCAUUGAACUUACCGAUAGUACAUUAGGUUUUUUUCUUCUAAUAAAUAGUUCUGCAGCAAAGCCCACUGACUGCAGAAAUGAAGAUACCAGUUUCUCUAGGGAGUUUAAUUUAAUCGAACAUCUAAUUUCAGGUCUCUAUUAACAGCCUAAGGUCAACUAACAUACCUCUUUUCAAACCAGAAGAAAUCACUCGUGGACACUUUCCUUAAACACUAUUACUAACUCCAAAAAAUUUGUAGAUAUUAAUGCUAGCAGAUUGUUUUUUCCCCUAAAAGCAAGUCUUCUUCCCUAGGGUGAGGCAGAUCAUCCAGAUGAAUUUCUCUUAUAAAAAUGCUCCUCAAAUUCAUACAGAAAAGGAUAGCACAAAACUGCUGUGUGGAAAAACCUAUAAUGAACAACUGGCCUAUUCCCCACUUGAUUUUGCUGGCAUAUUUCAGGUACUUGUCAGAAUACCACUUCAUACUUUUUCCCAUAUACCAGACUCUUGUGAGAAUAUAAUCAAUAUAUUUAAAAUGUCUUGGGUGAUAUUAAUGGAAACAUAAAUUCUGAGUAAGAAAUUCAGUGGUUAAGUGUAAAAUGUUUAUUUUAGUGAAAUACAAGAAGGUGAGCAAUUUCCAAUUUCCGUUUAACUUGACUUAUUAAAAAUAAGUCUCAUUCACAUUCUUCUAGUAUUAUUGUAUACUGCUAUAAAAUUUAAACCAGAAAAGUGCUUCUCCUUGUCAGUGGCUAUCUGCCCAAAAAAAUGAAUAUGACAAUUCCAGAUCUUAUCUGCCAUCUCUAAGAAAGCCACUUGGAAAUGUUAGGUAGGUCCCAUGGGUCCUGAUCCAGGGAUCUGUCCCUGGGUCCCCAUCAGGCUCGGCUGCAGGCAGUUGCCUAAGGCGUCCUCCGCCUUCAGCCACGCUGCAAUCCUUGCUCCAGGCACUGCGGCAGGUUCUCUCCAUGCCCCCAGGAAGACUCUCCAAACCCGGCCAGCUCAUUUCUCCUGCCCCGGAGGAUCCAGACGCCCUGGCAGCUCCUGGGCUCCAGAACCGAGAAUGGGAUGCUGCCUCCAAUCCCAAUUGCCCUAAGUUUCUUUCCAGAGGGCCGGGAGACUGCUCCAAGUUUGCUGUGGCGGGCGAGCGGCCGCGCGCCGUGUCCUGGGAGGGGGGCGGCGGGGGGCGCGGGCGGAGGGCGGGGAGGGGAAGGACGCGGGAGCCUGGGUUGUGGUGGUGGUGGGGGGGCACCGGGAGGGGGAGGAGCAGGAGCGCGCGGCCGCGGCGCUACCUUUCUCCAAACAACGUUGCCACACGCGGAGAGCACGGAGAUUUCUGGGGCUUUGGAGGGAAUCGUGAGCGGGCGGGAGGAGGCCGGGGACCACACAGAACUGAGAUCCAGAGAGAUGAUGACUUUGCCCAUAGACCAAACAAAGAAAUACAUGUUUCAGUCCUGUGUCCUCCUGCUAUGUGUGUCCGGAAUUGGUGGGUUCUUGGUCUCACUGAUUUCAAGAAUGAAGCUGCGGACCCUCGCGGACCGUGUGUGAAUGCCUGCUCUGUGAGCCCUCAGAAUCUACUGGCCAAAUGAGUGCGUGGAGGAAAUGUGCUCAGAGCUGCUGUGUGUCAUCCUGUGUUUGAAGUGCUCCUGCAGCUAUCAUUCAUCCAGUUAAGAAUUUGAAGAAGUGUGUGCACAAAGACGGAGUCUCACUCUGUUGCCCAGGCUGGAGUGCAGUGGCACAAUCUCGGCUCACUGCAACCUCUACCUCCUGGAUUCAAGCAGUUUUCCUGCCUCAGCCUCCAGAGUAACAGGGAUUACAGGCAUACUCCACCUUGCCCUGCUGAUUUUGUAUUUUUAGUAGAGACAGAGUUUCACCAUGUUGGCCAGGCUGGUCUUGAACUCCUGACCUCAAGUGAUCCACUGCCUCAGCCUCCCAAAGUGCUGGGAUUAUAGGCGUGAGCCACUGCGCCUGGCCAAAUGCUCUACUUUUUAAUCAAUGUUUUCCAAAAUAGGGAUUUUUGCUAUGUGCUUUAGAAAUUAGAGAACAAAUGGUGAUAAUAUAUGCUAAACUUAAAAUUAGUAUGCCUCCUUUUAUAGACAACAAGAACUUUGUCACUUCCCAGUUUGUCUUGUCAUUCAGGAGGCUCAGAGCUACGAUUUGUGCCCACUCGUGCUGCCUAUUCUUAACUUUGAUUUCCUGAAGCAGCGAUUUCAUCUCCGUUUCCCCUCAUCACCUGUUCUUUUAACUGUUUAAAAACAGCAUUACAUUUUGUUGCAAGUGGCCUCAAAUUCUUUUUGGUAGAAGGGAAAUUGUAAUUCGUGAGAAGAAAAAAAUUUUCCUAACUAUUCUCAGGUGUGUUUAAGGGCUGCAUUCCAUGAUGCUAUCAGUGCCUUCUUUCAGCUCACAGGAUAUUGGCCAUGUUAAUGAGUCUGAUGUUGCUAGUAUCACAGGCACCGGAAAAUAUGCACAUUAUGCUGGAGCAUUAGAAUGCAACAGAAAGAGCCCUGGGCUUGGAGUAUGCAGAACUGGUUCUUGUUACAACUCCUCUUACUAGUGGGCUGCUAUGGACCUAAAGUGGAGGGCUUUGAAAUUUCCUGCUUAAUUGGGCUGCAUGUCAUUGCCGUCCUUAGAAGUUGCUCCGGGAUGCAGCUCUGGAAGAAAACACAUUGAAUUCAUGAUCAUGGUUAACCUUUGGAGAGAGAGAGGAGACCAGGAUGAAGGAGCCAGUCGAAGAUCCUGUUCAAGUGUACACUGAGCCAGCAGGUUCACCAGAAAGCUAUUGAGCGUUUGCUGGAACACAUUAUGCAGGGUGAAUUUCUUCUGGAAUGUUGCCAAGGAUUUUUUAUGCUUCUGUGGCAGGCAUUUCUUGAACAUUGUCAUUUAGCCAAGCAAAGAAGAUUUUCUUAAAGGAUAGAAAAUGUUUAAAAAUUUUUGUUUGUUUGAAGAUAGGUUAAAUGGCUAUAUGAUCUCAGGAUAAGACAGAGAAAAUCACUUAUUCCUGUAAGUGAUCUGAUUAGGUUAGUGAUGUUUUGCCUUUAAACAGAUUCAUCAUUAUUCCUAAAGUAUUGCUAUAUUAAUACUGUCUUCUAGAAAGUAUCCACCAGUGCCUACUUUUCUUUGAUAUCAUUAGCUGUUUUUCGAAACUGAAUUUGCUCUUCAGAGAUUUCUCAUAUGUUUGCGUAUAAGGAACUACUGGUAAUAGCCAAGAAAAUUUGGAGGUGCAGAGAACAUGCUGAAACAGAAUUUUUCACUUUCAAUUCUAGAACUAUGCCAUAAAAAAAAAGGAAAAUGUAAAAAUGUCUUUAUAUUAGAGCAGAUAUUUUUAAAGUAUUGCAAAUUCAAUGAUAAAUUCUAAGGUUAAAAUUGGACACAUAAAAAAUACAAUAUAUAAAUAUCUCCCCAGAAAUUAUUAUCUAAUGAAUAGUAAAAGCUGACUAAAACCAUGUCAUUUUAACAAGGGUUUAAAUAGUACCAAGAUUCUCAUCAUAUGCUCUGGGAUACCCAGUGAUGUACAAGGGUUCUCUCUAAACAUGGGGAGGAAAAAUUCCAAAUAUAAAGAUUUAAAUCUUGUCUUUGCCAUUCACUAGCUGUGUGAUCUUGGGUAAGUUACCUGGUUUCUCUGAGUUUCAGUGUCAUCUGUAAAACAGGAAUAAUAAUACCUAGCUCAGAGGCGGGCGUGGUGGCUCACGCCUGUAAUCCCAGCACUUUGGGAGGCCAAGGCAGGUGGAUCACUAGGUCAGGAGUUUGAGACCAGCCUGGCCAAGAUGGUGAAAUCCCGUCUCUACUUAAAAAAAAAAAAAAACAGCCAGGCAUGGUGGCAGGCGCCUGUGAUCCCAGCUACUCAGGAGGCUGAGGCAGGAGAAUCACUUGAACCUGGGAGGCGGAGGUUGCAGUGAGCUGAGAUCUCGCCACUGCACUCCAGCCUGGGCAAUAGAGUGAGACUCCGCCUCAAAUAAAUAGGUAAAUAAAUAAAUAAAUAAAAGUAAAUAAAUAAAUAAAUAAAUAAAUAAUAAUACCUAGCUCAUGGGGCUGCUGUGGGUGUUUGUAAAGUAUCUCAGUGGUGCCUACAUAUUGUAAAGGCUUAUGAAUAUAUUAGUUCCUUUCUCAACUUCCUCAAUUCAUUCCACCACUACAAGUCAAUCUAGAGAUUAAAAUAGGCAAAACUGUGAUCUACGUUAGGAUGGGGUUGUUUGAGUGGUGGUUUAUUUCUGACUGCUUCAUUUUAUGCUUGUAUUUUAAAUACACAAGUUUUUGUAAACAUUCCUAAAACAAAACAGAUCUGUUUUUAUUUUGAAGAAGAUCAGACUGAUUCUGAUAUAAUGUUUGGAGAACUAAAUUAUACACAGAAUUUUGUCUCUGAAGAGUUAACUCUAUCAUGAAAAUGCACUCAGUGAAAAGCAAACAUCAUGCCACCUUUCCAUACACGGUAUUAUGUGUAUUUGAAUGAACGCAUAUGGAAAAACAUGGCAAUUCUUCUUUUAUGCCUAAAUCCUGUGGAAUUUGCCGCCUCCUGUAUUUAAGUUUGGGCUGUGAUGGUAAACUUGGUUCCUUUCAACUGAGUGUUGUUAUGUCUUUGGCACAUUCCCACAGCCUAACCUCCCGUCUGUAACCUGCACCUGCAGUUCACAGGAUUCAGCUCGGAGAGCUCCGUACUUCCGGGCCACUCAGGAAGACCUGGCAAGAUUUUCUGAUGGAUGGAACUGGAAGGAAAGAAGUAAAGAUGAGUCAACAUCUUCAGUCUGAGCAGCCGGAGGGAUGACGCUGUCCUUUACUAAGAUGGAGAAAGCGGGUGGAGGAACAGGUUGGGAGGUCUGUAUUUCUCUACCUGGACUACCCUGAGAGCUAACCCCAGUUAUUGGUCUGGAAGCAACGAAUGAAGGCCGGGGCAGAGCUUGAGGAGGGCAACAUCAUUUUGUCACAGUCGCCAUCAAGAAUCUAGUUGCAGGCUGGGCGCUGUGGCUCACGCCUGUAAUCCCUGCACUUUGGGAGCCGAGGUGGGUGGAUCGCUGGAGCCCAGGAGCUCAAGAGCAGCCUGGGCAACGUGGUGAAAGCCCAUUUCUACAAAAAAAUGCAAAAAUUAGCAGAGUGUGUUGGUGCAUGCCUGUGGUCUCAGCUACUCGGGAGGCUGAGAUGGGACGAUUGCUUGGGCCUGGGAGGUCAAGGCUGCAGUGAGCUGUGAUCACACCACUGCACUCCAGCCUGAGUGACACAGCAAGAACCUGUCUGAGGAAAAAAAAAUCUUGUUUCACCUAGAUCUGAAGAAGAAAACAGAAGCAACAUUCGAAUUAACAUCAGUCAACUGUUGGAAUAUUUUAGAUGAAGUAUGAGAAGCCAAGGCAUGUACCGUCAGGCUCUGGGCUUCUCCCUGCAAGGUUGGGAAGAAAUUUGGAGGAGGCAAAGUGGGAGCAAGUCAGAUGGAAGAGACAUUAUGGGUCAGGUGGGUGAGAACUGUGGGAGGGAGGUUCAGGGUGCUCCAUUUAGCAGGUUUUUCAUAGUGCCUGUGCAGUCCAGGGCUCUGAUUUCUGUAAGCAGAAUGAUGUCAUUCAUUCUUUUAUUCAUCUAUUUGUUAAGUCAACAUUUAUUGAGAGUCUCUUAUGCUACUCACUGUGCUAGGUGGUAGGGCUCAAAGAUGAAUAAAACGCUGUUUCCUUGUUUUUCAGAAAUUCAUAGUGUAGUGGGAGGUGGACCGAAAUGCCAUUGACUAUUGAUUGCCUGACACUGACAGGUGCUGAAAUAGAGGAAUAUACGGGAUGCCAUGGGAGGCCAGAUGAAGUGAAAAACCCACUCUUACUGGUGUGUGUGCACACACAGGAGGAGUUACGCAAUGCCUUGUCUGGUUUCCUGUCCUGGCACAUUUCCAUUGCUUAUUUCUAGAGCCACUUGACCGUAAUAGCUGGUCAGGGAUAAUGUAAAGAAUCUUCAUUUGGCAGCUCUGAGGACUGCCCAGUCAACCUUCCCUUCUGUCCUCAGCACAUAUACCUAGUUUCUUACUCUGCUUUUGUGACUCAUCUCCUCUUGCACCCUAGACAUCUUUUCUAUUUUUAUACCUCUUGCACCCUCGACAUCUUUUCUAUUUUUAUACCUCUUGCACCCUCAAAGAUCCCUUGAGACUCUCUUGCCUAAACCUCUUUUAGGCAAAUCCUACCUCCUUUUCUCUAUACCUGCUUUGAGAGAAGGGGAAAAUGUCUUAAUAUAUGUACUAAUUAGGCCCCUUGAUGGUCUAAUUUCAGCCUUACAUUGUUUCGUUUUGUGAAUGAGCCCCAGGGAAGUUAAGUAAUUUGUUCAAAUUCACACAACUAGAAAAGACAAAAGCAGGACAUUGAAUGUAGAGCCAAUAUUCAGAGUACCUGAUUUUAGACCCAGUAUUCAAAGCACCGACUGCUGUGGUCUGAAUGUGUUCCCUCCAGAUUCAUGUGUUGAAAUCCUAACCCCCAAGUUGAUACUAUUAGGAGGUGGGACCUUUUCAGAUGCGAUUGGGUCAUGAGUGUGCAGCCCGCAUGAUUGGGAUUAGUGCCCUGUCAAAUAGGAGAGACUGCAGAGAGCUAGCUAGCUCCUUUUCACCAUGUGAGGGCACAGUGAGACAGCCCUGUCUAUGAGGAAGUGGCCCUCACCAGACACUGUUGGCACCUUGACCUUGGACUUCUCAGCCUCUAGAACUGUCAGAAAUAAAUAAAUUUCUGUUGUUUAUAAGUGAUGGAGUCUAAGAUAUUUUGUUAAUAGCAACCUGAAGGGACUAAGACAUUUACCAAAACCUUAAAGGCUCCCAGAUGAUCACCUCUAAAACACUCAGUCACAACAUUUUUCUAUUCAAAGUCUCCAGGGAGAAAAGACAAAGCACUACAAAGACUGCCUUGUAGUAUUACAAUCUCUUCACUUUUUCUAUCAAAUGUCCUGUUCCCCCUGUGCACCUAGAGACUCACAAGGCACUCAACAUCUCUGCCUUGUGAGCCUAGAGGUACAUGAGGGGCAGGACCUUUGAUAGAAAAAGUACGUGCAUGCACACACACAGACAUAUAUAUACACACACACACGUAUAUUUCUGCUUAGUAGAUACACCAAACAAUUUUCCGAAGUGAUUGCACCAGUUUACAUUUCCACCAGCAGCAUAGGCAGUAAUUAUCCUCUUCAACAUUUGGUAUUGUCAGUCUUUUGAAUUUUAGCCAUUCUGGUGAGUUUGUAAUAAAAUAUCAUUGAGGCAUUAAUUACAUUUACCUGAUUAUUAAUGAGAAUGAGCACUACUUUAAUAAGUAUAAUAUUUUCCAUAGGUUUUUUGAAGACAUUGUCUCUCAGAUUAGAGAUGGUCAAGGCCAUACGGUUUCUUUUAGCACAGCUUUAGCUACAUCAAACGAAUUUUGAUUUGUCAUAUUUUCAUGAUUAUUCUGUUCAAAAUGUUUUCUAACUUCCCAUUGUGAUUUCCUUCUGAAUCUAUAGGUUUAGUUAGAAGUAUGUUUUGAAACUUCCAAACAUAUGGCUACUUUGUGAAUAUAGUUUUGUUAUUGAUUUCUAGCUCAAUUCCCCUGUGGUCAGGUAACAUACUCUGAUUUCAGUUCUUGAAAUUUGUUGAGACUUGCUUAAUGGCCCAGCAUUUUGUAAUUUUGGUGUAUGAACUAAGUGUGUAUUCUGCAGAUGUUGGGUGCAGUAUUCUAUGAAGACCGAUUAAGUCAAGUUUACAAAUGUAUACUCCUGUAAAUGUAAACUGAUUUUUGUCUUAUUAUUCUAUUAGAUCUCAGAGAGAGUAAUAAAAUUUGAAUCUAUGCUAUUAGUUACAUGUAAAUUUAGAAUUGUUGUAUCUUCUUGACAAAUCUAAUUUUCAUCAUCAUGAGGUCACUUUCUUUGUCUUUAGGAAUGCUUUUAACCUUAGUGUCUAGUUUGACAUUAUUGUUAAAUCUUUGAGAAUUCUGAUAUUUUAGUCUUGUGUUUUGUAAGUAGCAUAUCAAAUUCAGUGUUAUUCAAGAUAACAACCUUUGUCUUUUAAUCACUGAAUUUAAAUAUUUACAUGUUAUGUAAUUUCUGAUAUUUUGGGGUUUAAAUCUACCAUUUUGCUCAGCUUUUCAAUUUGUACUGCUUGUUCUAUGUUCCAGUUUUUUCAUUUCUUGCCUUCAUUUGCAUUGAUUGAAAAUUUUUAAAAGUUAUUUGAGUCCUAUAAAUUUUUGUGGUGAUUACACCAAAUAUUGCAAUAUGUAUAUCUGACAUAAAAAUAAAAUAUCAUUUGGUUGUUUUUUCUCUUCUGGGGAAUGUAUGUACUAUAAAACACUAUCACUCUGUCUCUCCUGACUUAAUGCUUUUUCAGUGUAUUAUAAUUUUCUAUAUAAUUCUCCACAAGAUUUUACUUUUGGUUUUAUAUAGUCAAUAUUCAUUUGUAGUUAUCAUGCCUUUCUGCAUUUCUGACUUUCUACUUGAAACCUUUUCCUUUUGCCUGAAGACAGAUUUAUAUAUAUGUAGAUAAAUAAAUUCAAGUCUAUUGGGGAUGAACUCUCCCAGUUUUGGUUUGUCUGAACAUGUCUCUUUUUACUUUCAUUCUUGACAUAUAUUUAUAUCUUGAGAGCAGAAUUCAGGGUUGGCAGUAAUUUUUUUUCAGCAUUUUGGAGCUGUUGUUCCAUUGUCUUUUGGCUCAGAAUGUUGCUGUUGAGGAAUAAGCUGUGAGUCUGAUUAUUGUUCCAUUGAUGGCAAUCUUUUUCUCUGGUUGUGUUGAAGAUAAUUUCUUCGUUCAUUUUUUUGUUUUUAGCAGUUUUACUAUAAAGUGCACCUAGGUUUUCCCUUAUUUAACUAGUUUUUGAUUUCCUGAAUCCAUCAAUUGAUGUAUUUAAUUAGUUUUAGAAAUGAUUCAGCUGAUUACUCGUAAAUUAUGUUUCUGUUCCAUUAUCUCUCUUCGUUUAGUAUUUCAGUUAAAUAUAUAUCAGAACUUUUCAUGGAUCUUUUAUAUCAGUGUCAUGAUUUGGAAAAAGAGAAGUACAAAAUUGAGAAUAAAUAUUCUGAAACCAACUGGCAGAGUAAUUUUAUGUCCUUUGAAUCCAAUAAAAAUUUGGGCAUAUAUUCAGUGUCUUUUUAUUAUUUCAUUGUUCUAAUAAUUCAUUUAAAUUACAUUUUACAAAGAUAUCAUUUUAUGACAUUUU